CUAAGUGAAGAUCAAAAAGGAUUCCUAGAAGCGGUUAAUGCCGGAAACUAUAACAAAGUGCGCGAAUAUAUCUUGCAGAAGUCUGUUGAUGUGAACUGUGUAAACCUUCUCGGAGAAACGGCUCUUCAAAUAGCAGUGAACAACAACUAUCACGAUAUUGCCAAACUUCUUCUUAACCAAGGAGCAGAUGUCGGCAAGGCGUUACUACAUGCCGUCGGAAUUGAAUCGACAUUCUGGGUGGAGGCUUUACUUAAGAAGGAAGCAAUAAGCAACGGAGCAUCAGAAACUACGUCACAACGAGCAAGCCCAAAUCAGGUAGACGGUAGUGAGCACAUGCCGCACAUCCCGCCUUUAAUUUUGGCUGCGAAAAAGGAUAAUCAAGAGAUCGUGAAGAUCUUUCUUGAGAAACAUUACACAAUUGACGAGCCGCACAAACGAUCUUGCAAAUGCGAUACAUGUGAAGGGCCAGGCCGUCUUGGGGGUUCCAUUCAUCGUCUGCAUUGCUACCAAGCGCUCGCGAGCCCCAUUUACUUGUGUUUGUCUUAUUUACUCGACACUCCACCCAGUAAAGAUCAAGACAUAAAAUCAUCCAAAGACCCGAUCAUCCGCGCACUCCUUUUAAACCGGAAAUUGGAAAAGCUUGUGAAAGUGGAAUACGAGCUUAAGAAUGAAUACCAGAAGCUCAUAAGUAGUUGCGAAGAAUUCGCUGUAUCGCUCCUCAAGAAAUGCCGAACGAUGGAAGAAAUCCGCUGUUUGAUGAGUGUGCCGGGAAUUGAAAAACUUAAAUACGUUGAGGUUCGAGGAGGAACAGAAGCCAAGAAACUAAGCGUGCUUAAUUUUGCCAUCACUAAUAAGAAUGAGAAGGUGAGAAUUGCUGGAUUAGACGUGAGUAUUCAAAUAUGGCUUAUUUGGCGAGCAGGCAGAAAUUUGUUGGCCGAUAUCCAUCCAUCUUGACCUUGCACUUAGUCAAUAACGCAUAAAUAUUUAUUUUUAAUUUUGUGAAUUUUCGUGCUUGGUUACCGUAACCUAGAUAAGAGGUGCUGCUUUCAUAAAAUUGGCUAAAAACAUUAAAUUCAUUUACACUGCAAUUGCAUGUCAGUCCCCACACAUCCUCAACAAACAGUUAUGCCACACAUUAUAUAUACGUGGACUGUAAAUGCACAAGUUCUGAAACACAUUUCUCAUAACCUAAGAGCGGAUUCAAUUACAACAUACAACAUAUACCCCGAAAUUAGCACGACAUCAAAUACCCAUGAAGCACGCGAGAAACCACGCUUGGUUGUCCUCCGUAAUCUAUUCGCUAUUGUAAUUGUUUUUUCCCGUUCUACAGCAUUACUGUUUCUUGGAAAGAUUUCAGAGGGCAACCAAGCACGGUAUAUUCUCGAGUGCUGCAUGGGAAUUUGGGGCCUACGUUAGAUAACUAUUAUACACUAAUGAAUUUGCAACACUGAAUUUUUUAACAAAAAUCUAUCGACGAAUUUUGAUUUUAUCACUGUUUUCGUGAAAGUAGCCUUAAGGCUGGUUUUCACUAGCGACGGAGUCGGAGUCGGAGUCGUAAGCGGAGUCGUAAGAGCGCUUAUGGCCUAGUGAAAAUCAAAAAUCGGAGUCGUAAACGGAGUCAUAUGCGCGACGGAAUCAGUCAGAAGAAUCAGAACGUUUCCAUUUCUUCCGACUCCGUCGCUUACGUUCCGCCUAUGAUCUAGUGAAAACCAGUUUGUCGGAGUCGAAAGCAGAAGCGGAAGAAUGCAUGUUCCCACGCUUUGUGAUUGGUUUAGUUCUUCUGCUUCUGCUUCCGACUCUCACGGUCUAGUUUUCACUAGAUCAUAGGCGGAACGUAAGCGACAGAGUCGUAAGCGGAAUUGGAACGCUGUUUUCACUUGAUCGUAAAAAAAACUAUUGUGACGUCAUUGUCACGUGAUAUUCCGAUCGCCAAAAAUAUAGUAUCAUAAUAAAGUUUAGUCUAUGUGUAAUACAUGUGUUAUAAUGUAUAAUCUUUUUACAAGAAAGAUCAAUUUGUUUAAGUAUGAGAGAUUCAAAGAUGGAAGGUGUACCUACAAAAAUACUCGGUCGAGCCACAAGAGAGGGUAGAUAUAACCGGGAGUGUACUCAACAAAAUUUUACGUUAUACGGAGAGGCUUAACCAGUUAAAAAAACAAUAGACUCUGCAAUGGCAAUUUCCAUAUCUGAAAUGAUGCAGAAGAAUAACUUUUUAUAUAUGACAUACAUAUAACUUAAAUUUCCAUGCAGAAUAUAGAAAUCUGGUAUUUGACAUGGGGCAAAAUAUGAAAACUGCUGAGACUAUAAUGAACAAAUUUCUGUAUUUUACUGAUGAAGAACAGAAGUCCAAUCUCUUACCCUUUUAUAUACAUGAUUUGUUAGAAAUGACACACUCGUAUAUACCUUCAUUGAAAAAGGUACCCCUUCCAAAUACCUAAAUUAAAACACUCCACCCCAAAGAGAUUGCUCAAAAUUCUGUUUAUGACAGAUUGUUAUACUUGCUAAGCCUUUCUCGGCAGACAAAAGGUUGCGACAUUUUAAGCCAGGGGCACCCAACGACUGUUUUGUGUAACAUACCUGUUCAAAGAAGCAAAUAUUGCCUGGCAUUUUCUAAAGUGAGGGGAGCUAAAGAUUUCUAGAUGACCUUUCCAUUCAUGGACGAUUUUCUAAGCGUAUCUAAUAAAUUCUUAACUAUAUUCUGCACUUUGAUUUUUCACAUUUCACUCCCCAGGUUAAGCUAUAUUUCGUAAAAAUUCGAAAACGAGAUGGAGAGGGGAAUCAGAAAAAUUUUCACGUUCUUAAAAUUCUAAACUGUACCUAAAAGUCGGGAAACUGAUACUGCCAUUGUGAAUUCAAAAAGACUCAAGUUACCUUGAGGACCAUCGAACACUUGCAAAUUUUAAAACGCCGCUUAGAAUGCAUUACCAGAGAUCUUAAAGUACUCUGGAUAGCCUAAAAUGUUUUUCAAUGUACUGUAUUUAGUAGGAAACCGUUUUUGGUUUCGCCUGUGAGGCUUAUUGCAUCAGGCGACCGUGGUCAUCAUUUAGCCGCUAACUGUUUGUACUUUUUCUGUUAGUUUGUGGCCCAUCCUUAUAGCCAAAUGAUGCUGAAUUCUGUGCUCUACGAUGACUUAAGGGGAUAUAAAGACCUAAAUUUCUUAAAGAGUACCGUCUGUUUCCUGCUGCUGUGGCUGAUGCUACCUUUCUUUGCACUGUGCUAUUUGGUAGCACCCAAAUGUCGAAUCAGCAAACUCCUAAACACACCAGUCCUCAAAUUCAUGAGUCACACCGCCUCGUUUCUCUGGUUCCUUGUUCUCUUGAUUCUCUCCUCGAUUCAAGACAAGUUCCUUGACGAUGUCUUUGCUUUUUCACCCUUAGGUAAACAUUUUCUGUUUUUUUUUUUGAUAAGUUGUUUUUAUGUUGAGGGUCAGCAGAACUUUUGACAAAAGGUUUCGAUCAAGGUUUGGCCGGUUAGUAGUAGUAGUAAUAGUAGAAGUACUUUAUUUGAUAAAUAAGGUUUGCUAAAAUGGCAGCGAAAUACUGAUGUAGACCUACUGUUAAUAAACUGAAUUAAUAAAUAAAUAAAAUAUAUAUCAAUAUAUAUCAAUAUGGCGCGCAAAAUAUUUUCAGUUAAAAAUAGCAACAAUGAUAACCAAAGUAUAAAAAGAAAGAAACAUAUUUCAAACAUUUAACAUACAAAAAUUUCUGGAUAUGAAAAAUGCACGAAAACAUCUGUAUUAUUGUUGGUCGCUGUUGAAUUUGUACCAAAUGUAGUUUGAUCAACAGUCUUUGUUGGUGUUCCCUCAUGGUUAAGCGCCCUUAUUUUGAACGUGGAAUUCAGGAGAUCGAAUGCAUAGUAAGGAAUACUACAAAGUAGUCUAAAUGUUGCAUUUAAUUCGGGCUUUGGGAUAGGUAAGAGGUCGGGAAGCUGAUGGUCUCAUCUCGUUACUAAAAUCUAUUUCUUUAUUAAUAUUCAUUACUACCUACUAGAGUCUAGUCUUUUCUUUUAUAGUUAAUGAAAGAACAUAACACUACCACCACCAGAUUUCUAUUGUUUCCCACCAUCAACACCACCACCACAACAUUUCUAUUGUUUCCCAUCACUACCACCACACCACCACAUUUCCAUUGUUUCCAACCAUAGCCACCAUCACCACACGUCCAUUGUUUCCCACCAUCACCACCACCACCACCACAUUCCUAUUGUUUUCCACCAUCACCACCACCACCACCACAUUUCUAUUGUUUUCCACCAUCACCACUACCACCACAUUUCUAUUGUUUCCCACCAUCACCACCACCACCACCACAUUCCUAUUGUUUCCACCAUCACCACUACCACCACAUUUCUAUUGUUUCCCACCAUCACCACCACUACCACCACAUUCCUAUUGUUUCCACCAUCACCACUACCACCACAUUUCUAUUGUUUUCCACCAUCACCACCAACACCACCACAUUUCUAUUGUUUCCACCAUCACCACUACCACCACCACAUUCCUAUUGUUUUCCACCAUCACCACCAACACCACCACAUUCCUAUUGUUUUCCACCAUCACCACCACCACCACCACAUUCCUAUUGUUUUCCACCAUCACCACCACCACCACCACAUUUCUAUUGUUUUCCACCAUCACCACCACCACCAACACCACCACAUUUCUAUUGCUCCCACCAUCACCACUACCACCACAUUUCUAUUGUUUUCCACCAUCACCACCACCACCGCCACCAACACCACCACAUUUCUAUUGCAUUAUUACCAUCACCAACACCAAUACAUUUGUCUUGUUCUCCCUCCUUCUACUCCUGUUUCAAUAACGAAAUCUUAUUACUGUCUCAAUCUUCGCACUUGUGUCUUCAAUUCUCAUGAGAUUCCAAGUAGUGUUUAUGUGCUGUUACAAACGCCUUUCCAAAGAAUAAAGCUAGAUUGUCAAUUCCUUUUCUUUCUUGACGUUGCAUCGAAACAUCGAGAGCAUUUUCCUGGAUAUACUGCGAGCAGUCUUUUAUUAUUUGUUUCAAGUCACAGUAGUUUGAAAGCACGCGUUCUGGGCAUUCAAGCAUGGCAUAUUUUUAAGCGACAGAAACACAGGAAACAACAGUAUCUUGCAAUUUGCGGUCUUAUUAUUAUUUAUUUUCUAGAAAGCCAAUAAGAACUAAUCCUCACACCCAGGGAACGAGUUACGACGCCCUAAGAACAUCUGUUUGGAUGGCUAAUCAGAAACAGGUUAUUUUUAAUGUAUACUAAAGUUUUCAGGGUGAGAGUUUUUCUGUGUAUUCUGUUAUAAAAUAAUGAUGCAAAGGACGUUUUUUAUCUUGUAGAUGCUUUUAUCGCAUUGUGGGUCGUUGGUAUGCUGUUUCAGGAAGCAAAAGAGGCCUAUCGUCAAGGAAAAGAGCGUUACCUGUCGCAGUACUGGAAUUUGGUCACCCUCAUUAUGCUGGCUCUCUUUGUAGUUUCAGGAGUGCUUUGGUUCAUCGGACAUCUUAUGAUUGUUUCAGGAGUUAAGGAAGCCAGUGCGAAGAAGCUGGACUAUCGAUCGAUCCUACUGUCCAAUGCGUUUUUUGCGUUCGGUAUGGUUUUGGCCUUUUUUCACAUUUCCAACUCAUUUCAGGUCAACUCGAUGCUCGGCCCGCUGCAGCUUUCCCUUGUCAAGAUGGUUCGAGACAUCGUCAAAUUUUUGUUCCUGUUCCUGCUGCUGUUUCUUGCAUUCGCCUGGGCGGAAAGAAAGGUGUACUCGAGUUACGUCCAUGCCAGAACAAAAUCUGUGGCAAAUACAACACAUAAAUUUGCAAAGUAAGUAUUUAUCGCCUUCAGGGACGCUAUCAUGAGUUACUGGGGUUAGACAAUCCAUUAUUACUUCUGCGGAGCGCGAAGUAAAGGAUUCGUGACGCUCAGAGAUGUCCCAAAGUUGCUUUUUUCAGACAAGAUUGGGCAAGUAAAGUCCGUAGGUUUUCGGUGUUAUUCAGCUAUUUGAUGAACUGAGAGCUGAAUUAGUUCGAGAUAUCUUGAUCUCGACAUCACUUCGAGUUCUCAUGUAUUCGAGGAAGAAAUAAUUAUUAAUCCUGGCUUGCCCAGGGUUUGAACCGACUCACGUGUGAGCCGUCAGAUCAGAUGAGACCCUAAGUUGAGGGAUUAACCGAUUGCGCACUGCGACCCAAGGUAAUUUGAGAUGUAAAAAAUGGCUUUGGGUUAUGCACUAAGUACGCGAUAAGAUUGAACGCGCAAGUUGGUGACUUUUCGGAACACGUGCUAACCAAUUCAGACCGGGAUUUUUUUUCCUUUCAACGACCUGAAUACAGGCUGACCUGCUUCAUUUUAUUUCAUUCUUUUUAUAUCUGAUGCACAGUUGACAGAUAAAACUUGACAACUGGACAUUUCUUGACCAUUAGAAGAAAUAAUGUCAUUAAACUCAAUUAAAACUAUAUUGGACGUAUGUUUCCAAUUGAACCUGCUAGAGUACGGGCUAAGUCAUAAUGUUAUUGCUUGUUAAAGUCUAGGAGAGGACUCUUAGCAAAUUAUAAGUCAAAUUUUGUAAAGAACUACAAAGCAAAAUAAUGUUACCGUGUCACAGUAUUACCAAAGAAGAUUCAUUGAAAAGGGUACACCCCUGAUUUUCAUCCAUACUGAAAGAAAGACUUUACAGUAAAGCGUCUGCUUUGGGAAUCAACUGUAGCUUUAACAAAUUACGUUUUCACCCACAAUUUGAUCCUUUCAGAGUUGAAGGAGGCGUGAGGUUCUUGUUUUGGAAUUUGUUUGGAAUGUCCGAGGUGAGCGACUUGGCCGUGACAGGUUCAGGCUUCUUCAUCACUCAGGUCACCGGUGAAUUACUCCUUGCCCUGUUCAACAUCGUAUCAGUUCUGGUCGCCAUGAAUAUGCUGAUUGCCAUGAUGUCAAACUCUUAUCAGCAAGUCGCGGUUAGUCUAACUUUUAUGGUGGAAUGCUUUCCAUUGAACAAAAUUUUUCUGGUUUGAAAUUUCGGAAAUUCAAUUAGCCUGAUGGAACGGUACGCUCUGGUUCCACGGACACGACCCAAGCCCCGGAGCGGUUGGUCUUUGUACUUAAAAGGAGGAUACAGAGGAGCGGUACUGGGGACAACAAUUUUGUCACGGACCGGGGCAAUCAAAGUGGGCUACCUUCAAAGGUGGUCCCAAAUAUUCCUGUCCAACCGAACCCGGAAAUGGAUCGUUCGAUUUGAAUUCUAACCGAAAUUUCCGAAACUUUGGGCUGAAUGGAAAGCGCUGAUUUUUUCCAGACCUGUAAGACCCUGUAAGACGUAUACAGUGUAUUGUAAAUUGAAUUAGUUUAGUAGUUCCAAUGAUCAUAAGUAGUCAUUUAAACUUUAUCUCUGUAAGAAAGACAUUUUCUCAUUUCGGCCAUUUCAAAAAAAAUAUAUAUAUAUAUAUAUAUCUUUAAAACCAACCUAACGAGAGUUGCAGUCAUUUAAGUGAAAAGGCGUCAAAAGGCAGACUUUUUGGGCCCUAUAAGUUGCAAAAGAACACUAAAAAAAGGAAAAGGAAAGGAAAAAAACCGAGAUGGAAGAAAGGAGGAGAAGAGAAAAAAAGCAAUGGUUGAACUCUUGGUUUUUGUAAUGGCUCCUUUGAAGAUAGUUUUUGCCCGAAAAAAAACUGUUUGACGCAAAAGGUCCGUUUGGCGGUAACGCUUUCAAAAAUCUCUACGUUUUUCAUUUCCUCUCAUUUUUUAUAUUUAAAACAGAAUUCUUUGGAACAAUUGAGGGUGACGAUCAGGCAAUCCGGAUCAUCAAGUAGCAGGACACAAAGGGAUUUCUCUCUCAAUUGUCGAUUAGCUUUUAGGUAGAUAAGAAAUCUGCUGCUAUUGUUUGGUCUCGCAAAAAGUUUUUGUCGAUGGAAAGUCUGUUGAUAGAGAGUAUCCAAAUUUCUGCAUGCGACUCUGUCUGCGGACAAGAGGAAAGUUGAUGUCAGCGAUUUUCAGGUUAAAAUCUACGCCAUUAAUUCUGACACCGUUUUUUUUCUAAUAAUCCUUGCAAAUAAAAGGCCUUUGGCGUGAACAGUUUACAUCAGGUUUCUAAGGUACCAAAAAUCUAAUUUUGGAUAAAGAAUUAAAGAAAUUGAUUUGUCCACUCUUGACUCAAAAUCAAGAUGGUGAUUUCGCUUGAUUUUCCUGUCCGUCGCUCUUAAGACCUUCCUACUAUAAUAUACACUAUCGAAAAUUUUCCCCUUUGCUUUGAUUCACGUGAUAUCAACUGAGGAGUGUGCUGUAAGACAGGCCUGUUUCUCAGAGAGUGUGAGGUUGUCUUGCUAUAAAUAAUGAAAGACUGCAUUUCCAAAGAAUCCUUGCCGAAGGUUAGUUUCUCCACUUUUCACUUUCCAGCGCUCAUUCAUUUACUAUAACUGCCUCAGGAAUAUCUUUUGGGGUUACUUUUUAAUCUCUAAAUGACAAGUCGUUCUUCUUUACUCCCGACCUGUUUACUUUUUCUGAAGUUUUUCUGAAGUUUGCGAGGAAAUGUGGUGGUCCUUAGGCCUCUGUUUAUGCUUACGUUUGUACGUCGUAAUUGUGUAUAGAGUUCAUAGUAUACUGUCUUCCGGUGCUGUCUUUUAACUGUGGCUGCUCAAUUUUGUAUUUCGUUAUAGGAUGACGCAGAUAUUCAAUGGAAAUUCUCCAGAACCCGGAUGUGGAUGCCGUAUUUAGAUCAUGGCAAUGUAAUGCCGCCUCCAUUCAACCUCAUUCCUGCCCCACACUGGGUGUUUAAACUCUGCCGCAGACUGUGCUCGCGUCAUAGGUCUUCUGUGGUACGUACGUACAAAAGAAGCUAGUUUAACACCUUCUUUCAUUCGUUUGAUCUAUUGCCUAAAAUCUACACUGAUACCUAAAAAUCUAGAAUCGGAAAUUGAGGUAUCUCGCCUUUCCGAACCCUGCAAUUAAUUCAUGUCUUUACUUGCCAAAUAUAUCUUUACAUUUAUCUCAUUAUGUUCAGACAAUGACAUUUUCACUCUUUUCAUUACAGAAUUUCUUAGAUCCACGAGGUGAGAUCAGAAGGGAAACAAGCUCUGUAAAUAAUUUCUCUCUUCCCCGUGGGCCUCAUUUUGAUGUAACAUUACAUCACCAGGGCCCCACACCUAGAUCCCCACCGCACACGGACGUUUUUUCUUUAUUCUUAUUAUUUACUUUUUGUAUUUCAGCGAGAAAGCCGUGAAGGAAGCUUUCCAUCAGCGUCUGAAUCCAGAAGAAAAAAGGCGGACAUGCAGAGGGUAAGUGUAUAACUGGAACGUCGGCCUCUUAUGAGGCAUCUUUCUUUAGGCAGCGAAAUGGCGCCUUCAAUAACAUUAACGAUACCUUACUUUAGAAUGCAUGUCGGUGUGGUUGCUCUCUAUUUGUUUUCGCAAACUCGUACGACCAAUGAUAAAAGAUUGGGCGUAUGAAAUUUGUAUGAAAAACGAGUAAAAAUGUUCUGUCGGGUGGAACAUUUUCGUAAGGCCACUUACAAUUAACAAUUAUUCUUUAAAAUCGAGGUGAAUAGUGGCUAAAUAUAUUUACCGAGUCGCGAAGCGGCGAGGUAAAUAUUCCUAAAGCCACAAUUUACCGAAAUUGAAAAGAAUAAUUGUUUUAGUAUAUACACACGAAGUGGUCUCAACAAAAUCAGAGAGGAAACCGUUAAAACGUACGAUCUGAUUGACGGAUCAAAUCACGCAAAAGUUUCAAAACAGAUCUUUGCAGAAUUUUCAAACAUGGCAAUUCACAAGUUUAUCACUUCGCAAACAACAGCGUAAUGGCUUAAAUGGAACCGUUAAAAGUUUUAAUUGUUUCCUUACAUGCGAAGAAAAGUAUAGCUUUGUUGUUUUCUGUUGACUCGCGAAGUUUAGAGUCAAAAAGGUUUUUUGUGUCGUUCUUCGCAUGAAGUGCUGAAAAAAUAAAAAAAUGACGGCUUCGUUGCUCGAAGUAAGACGUCGUCUUCCGGUAGCAUUCUUUUUUCUAUUUACUGGAAACGUAGAAUUUCUGCAAACAUUUUCUUUCAAAUUUGUUUGUCAUAAAUAUACUUCGAUUUUGGGCCAAAUGUUUCUUGUUAGGAAACGCUGAGUUCACGAAACGGUCUCUUUUACGCGAAUAAAAGAGAAUUGUAAACAAUCAAUCGAGCACAAAACUCAGCUACAGUAAAUAGAAAAACGCCGUUUUGAAUCCUUUGAAGUCUUGUCUUACCUUAAAAAAGUCAACCCUAGGAUUCUGUCGGCUUUUAAAAGUUCAUUCUUUAAAAAAAUGGGAAAGACACCGAGCUCACACAUUAUUCCACUCUCUAGGAGGUGAAUAUUGUUGAAUAGUCCGAGAUAGCGGACCAAUCAGAUGGCUUAAAUCACCAAGAUCACUGAGUGUGUAUAUACUAACAUAAAUUAGAUCAGCCAAACGAAAGAAACUUUUCCAGGAGCAUUUUGCAUUUCCGUGCAUUUCUCUGGAAAUUAACCAUUUCAAAUGAACCAAUUUAAUAGGUUUUUUCAUAAAUCAAACUUAACAAAAUUAUAUGCCACAGAAAACCUCAAGUUUGUUUGUUUGUUGUUGUUGUUGUUGUUGUUUUCCAAGUGACCUUUUCCUUAGCUUUGUUAAGUAGUUGCUAUGGUUCCCUACGUAAUAGUGCAAAUUAAUGGUACAAGCCGGAUGUUUCCGCUAUUUUAUUGAUAGCAAGAAAAAAUGUUAGUAAAUCAGAGCGUAUUCCUUUUUUUAGCAGAAUGUUCCCGCUGAAAUGAGCGGUCUGAUUAGCAUUAACACCAAAAUAACCGGAAUAACCAGAAUAACCGGUUUUUCGGAAGCAGCGUGGCCUUGCAGUCAGAGGACUGUCAGGUCGUCCCGGGUUCGAGGUCCCGCCCUAAGAACUAAAGGGGUUUGUUACUCAGUAUCCCAAAACUUAAAUUCUUAACUCACGCUUGUAAAUAGCCGACUGGUUUGUCCUUUAUCAGUUUGGAUUCCGAGCGUUGUUCUAUAUGUUGCUUGUGAAUUCCUUCAUUCAUAUAUUUGCUCAGGCGCACUUAAGCUUUUUGCUAUAAAUUCUACCGAAGAUAAUAAAGAUAAUUAAUGCAUUUAUUUAUUUACUUGUUUAUUUAUUUUUCGUAUUUCUUUAAUUUUGUACAUGUCGUUACCUUAUGAAGUAUUUUUUUUUACGAAAUAUUAAAACCGACUCGAUCCUCGUUACUGAAAGCAAUUGCCAAAUAAACCGUCGUCAUUAAUGUCAAAUGAAUACUUAUACUCUUUUUCAUUUUCAGCGUCACAAAGUGAUUACUCGCUUGAUCCAGCGGUAUCUUACCACUAUUAACAAGUCAAAGCCCCAGCCCUACGCUCCUCCAGGAUUCGAAGCGGAGAGUCCAGGCAACAACAGACAAUUAAGGGAGCUGAUAUCUCAACUGCAAGAUGUUUUGAAAAGAAAUAAAGACCAUAAAGAUUCUCCUGAUUUUUCUCCAGUACAGACAAAGGUGGUGUCAAACUAA